UCCCGGCCGCCUGCGAUGGCUGUGACAGCGCGAUGCAGUUACAGUGCAAAGGAGAACGUGCCCUUCUCUCUAUAUCUGUUUAUUUUCGUGGUCGGUGGCCUCACAAACGCACAGAUUCGAUACUCCAUCCCGGAGGAGCUGGAGAACGGGGCACUGGUCGGUGACAUCGUCCGGGAUCUGGGUCUGGACCCGAGGAAACUUUCCACCCGACGCAUAAGAAUCACCACGGACAGCGGACGGAGAUAUUUCACCAUCAAUCACAAAACCGGGAAGCUGGUGGUGAGUGACCGCAUUGACCGAGAGACAGUCUGUGAAUUCAGUGGCACCUGUUCACACAACCUGGAGGUGGUGUUGGAGAGCCCGCUCGAGGUGCACAACGUGGAGGUGGAGAUCUUGGACGUGAACGACAACGCACCGCAGUUCCCUAGAGAUGAGUAUCAGCUCGAGGUGUCGGAGUCCGCUCUCACGGGGUCGCGGUUUCACAUCGAGGGAGCUCAGGACGCAGACGACGGCUCAAACUCCGUGAAGCAAUACAGACUCAGCCCCAACGACCACAUCACUCUGGACUCCAUUAAGCCCUUUUCCAAUAAUAAGCACAUCGAGCUCAUCCUGAAAAAACCCUUCGACCGCGAGCAGAUUCCCUCUCAUGAGCUAAUCCUGACAGCAGUGGAUGGAGGCACCCCGCAGCGAACUGGCACGGCCAGGAUCCACGUACGUAUCCUUGAUGCAAAUGACAACGUGCCUGUCUUUGACAACUCCGUGUACAAAGUGAAACUGUCUGAAAACUCUCCAAAGGGCGCACUGGUGAUCAAGCUGAAUGCAACAGACACCGACGAAGGCUCCAAUGGGGAGGUUUUCUACUCCUUCAGCAGCUACACACCUGAGAGAGUCAGACAGAUGUUUUCCAUGGACACAGACACGGGAGAAAUCCGAGUCAAAAACAAUAUAGACUAUGAGGAGACCAACUCGUAUGAAAUGUAUAUACAGGCCAUGGACAAAGGGCCAGCUCCAGUGGCAGUGCAUUGUAAAGUAGUUGUAGAAGUUUUGGAUGUCAAUGACAACACUCCUGAGAUUGUGCUGUCCUCUCUCUCCAGCCCUGUGCGUGAAGACGCCCGGGCUGACACGGUUGUGGCAUUGAUCAGCGUGAAUGACCGGGACUCUGGAACAAACAAACAAGUAACCCUGGAUAUUAUGCCCAAUUUGCCAUUUAAGAUCAAGUCCUUCCGGAAUCACUAUACCGUCGUCACAUCCGCCUUCUUGGACAGGGAAACUAUCUCCUCCUACAAUGUCACCGUCAACGCUGUGGAUGGAGGCAUCCCACCCCUGUCAUCUCAGAUGACCUUUAAGGUGCACGUGGCAGACGUGAAUGAUAAUCCACCUCGUUUUGAACAGACUUCAUACACUGUUUAUAUUACAGAGAACAACGCUCCCCAUGCAUCUCUAUGUGUUGUUAAGGCCACAGACACUGACGCUGCAGAAAAUGCACGCAUCACCUAUACUGUCCUCAAUGACAACAACCACGGGAUCCCUGUAGCCAGCUAUGUCAGCAUCAAACCCGAUACAGGCGAGGCUUAUGCCUUGCGAGCCUUUGACUUUGAGAAGCUGAGAGAAUUUCAUUUCCAGGUGAAAGCCCAGGACAACGGAAUGCCUCCCCUCAGCCGUGUAGCCACGGUGUAUGUUUAUGUUAUGGACCAGAAUGACCAUAAGCCCAAGAUAGUCUACCCACCGGCCAAUGGGAGCCGCACCACAGAGACGCUGGUUAAAAACGCUGAAGCAGGAGUGUUGGUUAGCAAGGUGACAGCGUGGGAUGGUGAUGCAGGGCAGAAUGCUUGGCUGCUCUAUUCCCUGGAGCAGACCAACACAGACAUUGACCUUUUCAAGGUGCAUGAGCACACAGGUGAAAUCCGCACCACAAGGCGCGUGAUCGAGGACAACUCCACUUCCUUCAUCCUGAAGGUGUCAGUGCACGAUAACGGCCUGCCGCCACUCUCCUCCACCGCUACCAUCCAUGUGUACGUGAUGGAGCUGCCCCCAAAGUUGGCCCCUGACCCCAAACGCAUCAUCAGGCCCAACAGCCCCUUAAUGUUUUCCAAUGUCACUCUCUACCUCAUCAUUGCCCUGAGUGCCACAACCUUCGUGUUCCUGGUCACCAUCUUUGUCCUAGCCAUUGUGCGGUGUCAUGCCUACUGUACCCAGCCUGGCUCCUGCUCCCCAUGUUGCGUUUCCAAGAAGAGUGUUCCAGAGGGGAGCACCUCAGCUGGUGGUGUUGCAAGUGGAGGAAGAACUGUGGCUGGAGCUGAUGGUGGGCAGCAAAACCUCAAUACGGCCCAGCGACGUGACCUCAAAGGAGAACCGCAUUACAUUGAAGUGCGGGGAAAUGGGUCUUUGACCAAAACAUACUGUUACAAGACUUGCCUGACCGCCACGUCAGGAAGUGACACUUUUAUGUUCUACAACACGGGACGGCCUCAUAGUGGCACCUGGGGCUCAGGCUACGUCACCAGCCACAGUGGACAAAGCCAGAUAUGUGUACGGCGUCUCAGUAUGCCAGACGCAGCUGCCAUUCAGCCCAAGGCGCCAAAUGCAGACUGGAGAUAUUCAGCCUCCCUGAGAGCAGGAGGUGUAAUGCAGAGCUCAGUGCACAUGGAGGAGUCCUCGGUAAUGCAAGGAGCCCAGGGGGUCCUGGUUCAGAACUGGCCCACUGCUUCUAGUGCCGCUGAUGCUGAAGGCGGAGAGGUGUCCCCCCCAAUGGGCGCUGGUGUAGACAGCAACAGUUGGCACUUUCGCUAUGGCCCCGGCGGUCCCGGUGCACCGCCACAACACCUGAAGCCUGGCGAGGUUCCCCCAGAGGCCUUUAUCAUUCCCGGCUCCCCUGCCAUAAUAUCCAUCAGACAGAACCAGGGAGGAGAGGACGACAAGAGCGACUUCAUCACCUUUGGGAAGAAGGAGGAGGCCAAGAAGAAGAAGAAGAAGAAGAAGGAGAAGAAAGACAAGAAGGAUAAGGGGAAGGAUGAUGAUGAGUAGAGGAGCAGGAAGAGAAAACAGGAAAGAAGAAAAGGGCGUUGUUAAAACAGAGGUACCAACCAAAGUCCAUUGGGCAAAAAGAAAAUGUGAAAACUACCAUAGAUUUCCCAGUUUCACUAUAUUACCUAUUUUCACUUAUAACAAUAUCAAGUUCUCUCUGUUCUGAACCUGGCCUUAUGCACGAUUUAUUUUACCUUCAGUCCCUUUCUGGGGUAAAUUAUUGAUCUUGCCUUGAUAAACAAUAAAAUGAUUGAUUUAGCUCCAAGCCCCUAUGUGCCUAUACACCUGGAGUAAACUCAUGUCAGUCAUCCUUUCCUGUAAGGAAGGACCAAUCUUUGCCCCCGUCUUCAAUUUUUCUCCUCUAACCCAUGGGCACGUUGGAACCUCUGUCUUACCCCCUCCCCAACAAUGAUGUGUAAACCAUUCUCUCUGAGAGGAGACAAAUACUUUGUACAAGAACAACAAAAAGCUCUGUGCCAGCCAAGGAAAAGAAGAACGACGUAGAAAAAUGCGGAGCUGGACACACACCACUUGUAAAUAGCACAGACGAGAGUCACUGAAACUAAGGCUAACACUACACUACUGCAGAUUCCUCUGGUAAUACCAACAGUGUUUUCUAAGAUCUCUAUGAAACCACAUGCACACACACGCAUGAUCACACAUUCAAACAUGCAAACACGAGAAAACACACUGACCGUGGCAAGGUGGACACAUAAAGCACUUGAGAGAAGGAGAAAAAUAAAAAAAGAGAGAAAAACAACUGGCAUUAAAGAAAUGUGCUUAGAACAAGACACUGCAAGCUUUUUGCCCUGCACAUUUGCCUAUGCGGUGCACAUGUGUUCAUCAACUAACUCUCUCGGAAUGGAACGCCAUCCUUUGAAAUCACUCUGUAUUUGCUCACUGCAUUUGAAGGACACAGAGAGCUUCAUCUUCUGCCAGAACCCCAACUGAGGAAUGCAGAGAGCCCUGCAAAGAUGGAGGGAUGGGAAGUUACCUCACAUUCUCCUGAGGACCACAGAGGGAAGAGUCCAGCUGCGCUGGCUUGUGACUCCGCUUUCAGUCAGUGGACUCUGAUGAAAAUAAGUACAGAAUAUUAGGAGAGUCUCGAGAUUUUGAUAACACCUUCUCUUAUCCCCCUGCUGCAGCAAAAGCCUAAAGCUUUCUGCUUUGAAUGUUUGGUAGCAACCAGUCCUUACCUGAUACCUUGAGUUUACAACUGCUCACCUGCUUGUACUUGCCCAAAGUUGCCACGAGCCAACUUCUCCUCCCCCAGCAGCCUUUUCUACCCUCACGGUCACCCAUCCCACCAAUUGCCUCUUCAUCUGAUGAUGAAGUCUUCUGCUUUCAUUUGGUCUUGAAAGAGAUUCAUGAUGGCAUGCACUGUUUUAUUUCUCCCUCAGUUUUAAAUGCUUUUUACGUCUCAUGCCUCCCCACAUUUACCCUCAGACACUUCCCCGAACCCCUGCCCUGACCCCCCCUGCUCAGGAUCAAUCCUGGGAAUGGCCUGCGCUGAACAUUGUGGUGUGCUGGGAACAGCAUGGAGUAAUGUGGAUGAGGCCUGGGGAAGCCCAGUCGGGGGUGGACGCCCUGAACUCUUGUCAGAUGUCUCUCUAAGUGCAAAACGGUUCAGUGCUUUUAACUUGUGAAUAUGCUGUUCAUUUUCCUGUUCUUAGCCACUGAUGAGAGGGGACCAUGUGGGAUGAAGCAGAUAAUAGGGAUGGAGGCAAAGUGAGGAGACAGGUGCCGUGGGCUGGCCCUCCCCCUCCAGGUACAAGAGAAGACAGUUGUUCUCCACAUUGAUUGUUUCGGAUCAUUGAGUCACAUAUUAGCUUUUUCGUACGCUGUAAAUGUAAGCGUAGACUUCAAUAGAUUGUCUCAUUACUAAUUGAAACCUGCUAAAAGAUUUGGGCAUCUAGAGAUUCCCAUCCCACCUGCUAUAUCCCACCAAUCCUCUCUCAGGAGGUUUUGAAAAUGGGGCACUCGCAUGCCUCAAGACCUGCUUCUGUUGGUUCCCCUUCCCUGCCUGUAACUUGUUGCCACGUCCCCCAAAGUUUUGCGGCUCAGUAUGACGUCACUCCAUUAAGUGGCUGCUGCAUGUACUGCUCUAAGGAAACACAUACUAUAUAGAGAAAUAUAUAUAUAAAUAGAUAGAUGGCUAUGAUUUUAUUCUUUUGUAUUAUCAUUUUUCUUCAUUAUUUGCACAGGAGAUAUUUGUAUGUACUUCUGUCUCUUGCCAAACAUCUAUGUACUACAAUCUUCAUACUCCACAGAUGUUGUAUGGCAUCCACUGAACCUCUUUAGAUAUUUGUACAUGCUAUAGUGUGAUACCUUUCAACGCAAGUCUUUUUUUUCUUUUACCAAAUAUGAUUUUUGCUUUUGAGAAUAAGCAAAGCAAGAAAAAAAGAAAAAAAAAUCACUCUCUGUGUCUGCCUUUGACAUGACGAUCUAACUAAAACUGUAAUAUUGUAACUGAAAUAUGUAUGAUCCUAUGAUGAGCUAUCACUUCCCUUUCACUCUUAAAAAAAGACAAAAAAUGAAAGAAAAAAAUUGUCCAGUGUACAAAAAGGUAUAUGUAGUAUAUUCUUGUGUUUAGUGAGCAUUCAUGCUGUCAUUCUUUCCCAAUGUAUGGUGGUGAACUAUGGUGGCACUGUGCUGUCCUAAAUGGAUCAGCCCAGUUCUGUGGUUAUAAAAAAAAACCUUUUUUGUACACCCGCUCAUCAGUUGUAUCAGUAAAGUAGUGGAUUUCAUUUAUCUCAUUUAUUUUCUGACUUUUUUUAUUUUACCUAGUUGGAAACAGUGGUAAUGUGUUUUGUUU